AUGGCAGGCGUGCCAUCCGGAACGGGGUUCCCGCCCCGGCCCGGGGCGGGCGCCGCGCAGCCUGCGUUGCCGAGCUGGGUGGUGCAGCAACAGCUGCUCGCAACGCAGCGCGCGAACGCCCACUUCUACGCAUACAACGGGGAUGCCCACCAGCUUCAGAGAAAUGACGCGCAAGGCAUCCCGCAGGUCUAUUCGGUCACCUACGGCGCGGCCCCGCCCCUCCUGAUCAACAGCGAGGGCCUCACGGCGAUCCACGUCGCCUGCCGCGGCGCCGCGUGCGCGUGCGAGGCCGCGAGCCCCUCGACGUGGCCCAACCUGGUCGCGCUCCUCGUCGCCUCGGGCCAGCACGCCUCCAAGCCGGCGCCCAACCCCGAGGGAACCACCCCGCUCCACGAGCUCCUCGCCCACGCCGAGCCGGGCGCCUACCGCGCCGUCGCCGCGGUCAUCACCACGCUGGCCAUGCUCGGCGCCGACGUCAACGCCCGCCUCCAGGCCUCCGGCACCUCCCCGCUCCAGGCCCUCCUCGCGCGCAUGGCCUCCUGGGACUCCAGCGUCGAGCGCAAGCGCGAGGCCAUCGCCGCCAUGCACCGCUGGGUCGAGGUGCUCGACCUCCUGCACCAGUACGGCGCCCGGGUCGACCACUGCGACAGCCAGGGCGCGACGCUCGCGCACGCGGCCGCGCGGAUGGAGUGCCCCGCGGCGAUCGAGUGGCUCGCGGCCGUCGGGGCGCCCCUCCACGACGAGUCGCGGUCCCGCGCCACCCCGCUGCUCGUCGCGGGCAUGGCGGGCAACAGGAAGGUCGUGGCCGCGCUCCUGGCGCACUCGCCGCCGCCGGGGCGGCUGGCGGCGGCGCUGCACGCGGCCGUGUCGGCCGGGGACGCCGACGGCGUGGAGGCGCUGCUGCUGGCGCCGUCGGACGCGGCGACGUACACCCCCGCGGCGGCGGCGGCGGCGCUGGCGCAGUCGCAGCUCCCCGCGGCGCUGCGGCGCGAGCUGCUGACGGCCGCGGCGCAGCACGGGCACGAGCGCAUCGUGCGGCUGCUCGUCGCGCGCGGGUGGCUCGAGGGGCUCACGUUUUCGCGGUCGUCGCUGAUUGGUGCCACGGGCCUGCUGCACGCCGCGGCGAGCAAGAGCGCGCAGGUGGGCGUCGCGCGGUUCCUGCUGGACGAGUGCGGCGCGAGCGUGGCCGCGCGGAGCCGCGCGUCGGGCAUGACGGCGAUGCACCACGCCUGCAAGAACGGACACAACUUUUGCGGGCCCAUGCUGCACCUGCUGUGGCAGCACGGCGCGUCCAUGGCCGAGCCGGACCUGCGCGGCCGCACCGUCGCGGACCUCCUCGGCCUCUCGGACCCCGCGGCCGCGCAGCUGCGGCACCGCGGCGGCCCGCGCGUCGACGGGGCCCCCGGGGACGUCGGGGGACUCUCCGCCGCCGGGCCGGGACACCCGCAGCCCGCGGGCAGCAUCGGGACGCAGCCCUCGCCGGCGUUCGUGGCGGCCGCGGCCGCGGCCGCGGCGGCGGCGGCGGGCGCGCAGCAGGGCGGCGGCGAGGCGUCCAUCAGCGUGCGCGCGUCGCGCCUCCUCAUGGCCGAGGCCACGACGCUCCUGCGCGACCGCUACCUGCUGUGGUUCUGCACCGAGGUGCUCGAGAUCCCGCAGCAGGUCACGCGCACCGCGGCGGCGCUGAACCUCCUGUCCUCGGAGACCUUCGUCGCGCGGGCGCGCCUGCAGCUCUCCGAGUGCACGCGCGCGCGGGAGGGCGCGUCCGACGGCGCGGAGGCGGCGGAGGCGCAGGAGGCGCAGCGCGAGCAGGAGGCGGUCUUCGACGCCCUCGCGCGGAUGCCGCGGGACCUGAUCGACGGGUGCAUCGUCCCCGCGGCAGUGCUCGAGAUGGACGGGCGCCUCGGCACGAAGCUCCCGGCGCUCGCGCCGGAGAACUCGGACUGA